AGCCAGCAGCCCUGCGUCGCGACAACACGUCCUUCCCUCGUCCAUCAGCUCGCGCUGCUUGUUCAAGACCUCCGUCUUUGCAAACAUGUCCGCCAUGGCCAUCAAGUCGCAUCCGGGCCUCAAGACGCUGGAGGAGGUCGACACCGAGAUGUACGAGCUCAUCGAGCAGGAGAAGCGCCGCCAGUUCACGUCCAUCGAGCUCAUCGCGUCGGAGAACUUCGCGUCCCGCGCCAUCAUGGACUGCCUCGGCUCGUGCCUCACGAACAAGUACGCCGAGGGCCUCCCGGGCAAGCGCUACUACGGCGGCAACGAGAUCAUCGACCAGAUCGAGAACAUGUGCAAGGCGCGCGCCCUCGAGGCCUACCGCCUCAAGACCGACGAGUGGGGCGUGAACGUGCAGCCCUACUCGGGGUCGCCGGCGAACUUCGCCGUCUACACGGGCCUGCUCCAGCCCCACGACCGCAUCAUGGGCCUCGACCUGCCCAGCGGCGGCCACCUCACGCACGGCUUCUACACCCUCGACAAGAAGACGAUGAGCCGCAAGCCCGUGAGCGCGACGUCCGUCUACUUCGAGAGCCUGCCCUACAAGGUGCACCAGACGACGGGCCUCGUCGACUUCGACGAGCUCGCGAAGAUGGCGGCCAUCUUCAAGCCCGCGCUCAUCGUCUGCGGCGGCUCGGCCUACCCGCGCGACUGGGACUACGCCAAGUUCCGCGAGAUCGCCGACGCGAACGGGUCGCUGCUCAUGAUGGACAUGGCCCACAUCUCGGGCCUCGUCGCGACGCAGGAGGCCAACGACCCCUUCAAGUACUGCGACAUCGUCACGACGACGACGCACAAGUCGCUCCGCGGCCCGCGGUCGGGCAUCAUCUUCUUCAAGAAGGACGCGCGCGGCUUCGAGGACAAGAUCAACAACGCCGUCUUCCCGGCCCUCCAGGGCGGGCCCCACGAGCACCAGAUCGCCGGCGUCGCCGUCCAGCUCAAGGAGACGACGAAGCCCGAGUUCAAGGGCUACGUGCAGCAGGUGAAGAAGAACAUCAAGGCCAUGGCCGCCAAGCUCGUGGACCAGUACGGCUACGCGCUCGCGACGGGCGGCACGGACAACCACCUGCUCCUCUGGGACCUGCGCCCCGCGGGCAUCACGGGCUCCAAGGUCGAGAAGAUCUGCGACGUCGUCCAGAUCACGCUCAACAAGAACGCGGUGCCCGGCGACGUCUCCGCGCUCUCGCCCGGCGGCGUCCGCAUCGGCGCGCCGGCCAUGACGACGCGGGGCCUCGUCGAGAAGGACUUCGAGGCCGUCGCGGACCUCCUCCACGAGGCCGUCCAGCUCGCGCUCAAGAUCCAGGCCGCCGCGCCCUCGAAGAAGCUCGUCGACUUCUCCAAGGCCCUCGUGGGCAACGCGGAGGUCGACGCGCUCCGCGAGAAGGUCAAGGGCUUCGCGUCGUCCUUCGGCAUGCCCGGCCGCCCCUUCGGCAAGUACAACCCCGAGCCGUGAGCGCCGCCCGACCCGCCGGCCGCGCGCCCGGCCGCCCGCCCCCGCCGCGCCGCGCCGCGGGCCCAUGCGCUCCCGGAGAGCCCAUGCGCCCGCGCCUUGUCCGCGACCAGAGAGAGGUAACUCGUGCGCCUCG